GACGUUUGCAGUGGACUGGAGGUACCAGCAGCAGCUGUUGGAGAGGAGGAUGGAGGAAAGGACGAAGGAUCUGGAGCGAGACAUCGCAAACUUUCAGCGGCAGCUCGAGUCCCAGACGGCUCAGCUGCAGGAGAGGAUGAAGCGCAUGAAGGGCAGGGACGACGACAUGGAGCAGGACCUGAGCAAGAGGAUCGACAAGGCGAAGGAGGAGAGGAGGAGGGUGGAGCGACUGGAGGAGGACGUGUGGGGCAACUACUUGCAUGCCAAGUCAGCUCUGGCUGGGCUGAAGGAGGACACGAAGGAGAGGGAGCAGAGCACGGACGCAAGCAUGGCGAGCCUGGAGCGGGAGCUGAACAACAACCAAGGAGCAGCAGACAGCAUCACCCGCAUCCAGCAGACGCUAGCGGCCCUUAAGACAAGGAUCAACGAGCUAGCACGUGGAGUUGGUGUGAAGAGCGACGGGCUGAGGACGAAGGAGGCAGACGCGAACGAGCUCGGGGAAGUGGCGACUGCCUUCCUGCGGUCAGAGCUGGAGCGACUACAGAGGCUGCUGGACUCGUCGGUGAACGAGAGGAGGAGGAUAAGGUCGCAAGCAGAAGGAAGCAUGAGAGACUUCCAGCUGCGACUGGAGAAGUUCCGAGGAGACUUGCGGCAGAUCAACGCGACCUGGAACGCCUACGACCAGCCGUGAUGACUGCAAGUGUCUUGUUAUUGUUUCGAUCCCAGUCGGCGGGUCGUCGAACGGCUCUCUCUGCCUUGACUUACUU